UGAUCGGGCAGGAGCCACACAUAGCCACCGCCGGGGUGGUGCCACGCACGGCUGCAGGUUGUCUGAGGCACAACUUUGCAAGAGGAAAAGCGCUGAGCCGGCGAUUCAAACCACAUGUUGUCUGUCUCCACACCGCCCCCGGCACGCAAGGAAGUGCAGCUUUCAGAACAACAUCUGGGGGAGCCACCCAGGCUAAGCCGGGCUGUCCAGGCUGCAGGGACGGAGAAUAAAACAGAGGGGUGGUCCUGCAGGCCACCCCCAUGGCAGCACCCCGGCGGUGCCUGGUCCCCUGCCUUCUUCUUCCAGAUGACGGUGCUGGGCCGCGGCUGGGCUGGGCUCGUGGCGCACACUGAGCGGCCAGCCACUCUCCCCCUCGCUGAGAUGCUGUCAGGGCGGUGGCGACUGGAAGGCCGGUCUUGGCGCCGGGCCGGCCCCUCAUCAGGCUCCUCGGCCGUGGCGCUGCGAGCCCUCUAUGACUACCAGUACGAGGCGGAGGAUGGGCGCCAGGUGGCCAUCGAGGAGGGCGAGCGCUUCCUGCUGCUGCACAAGUCCAACGAGGACUGGUGGCAGGUGCGGCGGCUCAGCGAUCCCCGGAGGGCACGGCCCAUCUUCGUGCCGGCCACCUACGUGGCGGAGGUGGCCCCUCAAGUGCAGGAUGGCCCAUGGCUGAGCGCCACGCUGCUGGCAGCCACUGGCACUGGGCAGCACCCAUCCCCGGGCCUGCAGCCACGGUACCGAUCCCUUCAGGACCUGUCCAGCCCCCCAGCCCAGCCUGCUGAGCCUGGCCACCACUCCUGCCACAGCCUGAGCCUGCCAGCCUGGGACCCCGGCCCCCAGCUCGGCCCGGCCCACCCCGUCAGCAGGAGCAUCAGCGCCACCGGCCUGGCCCAGAGCCCCGGCAGGGACGCGCUCGCCCCCAGAUGGCAGCAGGAGCGGUGCCCGGAGCUGGUGGGCCAGGGGGUCAGCCCCCCUGGAGUUCCACCCCCUGGAGCCACCAUGGAAGAGCCCCCGAUUUACUGCAACCUGGAGGAGAUAAAGCGGGUGAGGGGGGAGCCCCCCAACCCCUGCGGCUCCCCGCUGCAGGUGCUGGACACCUGGGAGCGCCACCUCGACCCUAGCACCGGCCGCAGCUACUUUUACAACCCGGAGACAGGCGACAAAUCUUGGAAACCUCCACGGCGCCACCGGGAAAUGAGUUUGCUCCCUGUGGAGGCCCUGAGCCCCGAGGACUCAGCAGCCGCUGACCUGGGGGAGACGCUGGCGCAGGGCGGGGGCAGUGUCCGGGCUGCCCGGCUCAGCUACACCAAAUCCAUGAUCUUGCCAGAGUCCCGCGUACCCAAGGUGAGAUGCCCACAGGGAACUGGGGUCGCAGCCUGCAGGAGACGGGGCUCAUCCGAAGUGGGGACCCCCUCUCCCAUCGCUCCCCCCAUCCCCUCUGCCCCCCGCACGCUGCAGAGCCUGCAGGAGACGGGGCUCAUCCGAGGCCUGGAUGUGGACGGGAUCUACCGGGUGAGCGGGAACCUGGCUGUGAUCCAGAAGCUGCGCUUUGCCGUCGACCGGGAGCGGGCAGUGACCUCAGAUGGGCGCUACGUCUUCCCGGAGCAGCCGUGCCAAGAGGAGCGGCUGAGCCUGGCUGACCCCGAGUGGGACGACGUCCACGUUGUGACCGGCGCUCUCAAGCUCUUCUUCCGCGAGCUGCCCGAGCCCCUGGUGCCCUUCGCCCUCUUCGACGCCUUUGUGGCCGCCGUCAAGCUCCCGACCUACGACGAGCGGGUGCAGCGCCUGGCCGAGCUGGUCCAGAGCCUGCCCCCGCCCAACUACGCCACCCUGCGCUACAUCCUGGCCCACCUCCGCAAGGUGAUGGAGUACGCCGACGCUAACCGCAUGACCCGGCAGAACAUCGGCAUCGUCUUCGGCCCCACGCUGCUGCGGCCCGAGAAGGAGCUGGCCAGCAUGGCCGUGGACAUGGUCCACCAGAACCAGGCCGUGGAGCUGCUGCUCGCCGAGUUCCAGCGCAUCUUCCCGGCCCCCGGCGCCAGCUGAGCCCCCCACCCCUGCCCCGGACCAGGGCACCAUCUGGAACACCCCAGCCUCGGCGCCAGCUGAGCCCCCCACCCCUGCCCCGGACCAGGGCACCGUCUGGAACACCCCGGCCUCGGCUCCAGCUGAGCCCCCCACCCCUGCCCCGGACCAGGGCACCGUCUGGAACACCCCGGCCUCGGCACCAGCUGAGCCCCCCACCUCUGCCCCGG